ACUGUGGAUAGAACGGACGGGAGGGUUCACCACAAACUUUGUCUAUACACGUCCGUGGGUUCCCACUGGCCACAUGAGUCAUCCACUUGUGUGAUUGUUAGCAGAGCACGCGCCCCGUGAGCCAGCUAUCCAGGGAACGCAUAAUCCGUAGCUGGAUUCCACAAGCAGAGAUCGGGUGGCGAGACUUUAAAAAAAAAAAUUGCUUUUAGCUGGGUUCACUUUCGAGAACCGAUCGAUCAAUGGUUGACAAAGCAGUUUGGCUAGGCUGGGAAUUUCUGGAACUGUGUCACCGCUACGACUGAAAGAAAACAGGCACAUGAGUUCAAAAAGGCCACGAAUCCGGGUGGAUAUUAUGAGGAUCAGGUUACCAUGGACACCCAUCAACGACAGUCUACACAUGACGUCACUAAGAAUCAGCGAUUCUCGCAAAAUCUCGUUGCUCUCAGAUGACCCGUGCAAGGUCUGCAUCUUCCUAGCUGAAAGUUUAUCGAUGUCUGCACCGAAUGAAAUCGUCUAGCGAGGUCAGGAGGUCACGAAGUGGACCGAUCCAAACUGCAUCAUGAGCAGCAGCUCUCAGAGACUCUUGGACAGCGUCAGGAGCAUGUCAAAGGCUGCUCUCCUGGCUGAGGUCAGACGGGGUCACGCGAGCGGCAUGGGCGCUCAGCACGUGCUGCAAUAGAAAAUAUUCGCGAACUGAAAAGACCAGAUUCCUGAGGACAAUUACAGAACGUUGCUCCAUUGGAUCCGGUUCAGUCAGCAAGCAGUCGUCAUGGAUACCGGCUCCUGCAGGUCAGGGUCUUUCAGUCAGCAGGAUGAUGUCGGUGGAACGUCAGAAGCGAGCUGUGAAGCGGUGAAGCCCUUCAAGCCUUUCUCCUCCAUCCCAGGGCCAGGAGGUCUUCGUGCUCUCCCCUACAUCGGUCCUCGCUUCAUGUUCAAACCUUUCGGUAAAUACAAGUUUCCGGAUGACAUGGGCCUCAUGUUCGCCGCCCUCCACGACGACUAUGGACCUGUGGUGCGCAUGCGUGUCAGCAAGGACUGGGUGGUGGUGGUGUCGGAGCUGUCGGACGUGGAGACAGUACUGAAGACGAAGGAGCCGAACCCGUUUCGAGACCCACUGCAGCUGGUGCUGAAGUAUGAACAGCGGAGAGGCAAAGCCUUCCCUGUGUUGCCCACACGGAACAAUGAGGAAUGGCGGAGGCUGCGGUCUCCGAUGAACAAUAAAUUGAACCGACCAGAUUCCCUGGAUCUUUACAUCCCAGCUCAGGAGCGAGCAGCCGCCGACUUUACCAGCAGGCUGUACAACUUCAAGAACUCGCCAGAGAACAUGCAAACUGAGUUCUUUAGAUUCGCAGCCGAGAGUGUCGGGGUAGUCUGCUACAACAGGCGGCUGGGAUUCCUGGAUGAUGACGCAAUUACUAACGCACACAAGCAAAGCCUGCUGACGUCACUGCAGACCGCUGUCGCGUGUGUUGUCGAUGUGCUCUUCGGCAAGCGAGUGAUGUGUCUAUUUAUAGACGACUCCUUUUAUAAAAAAUUCCAUGAAGCUAUGGAUCUCGUUAUCAGCUCCAGUGAGCGCUACAUUGCGGAGGUCAUGGAGGAGUUACAGAAGAAAGAAAGGGAAGGCACUCUGGAUCCCAAUGAACCCAACUUCCUGCUGUCGCUGCUGGCGGAAAAAUCUUUGGAUGAAAAUGAUAUUUUGGGGAUCGUGGUGACGCUGAUGGUGGCUGGAACUGAUUCGGUAGCAUCUUCUCUCCAACUAAUGCUAUACGCCUUGGCCGUUAACCCCGACAAACAGGAGGAGGUGUACCGCGAGAUCGUUCAGGUGAUUGGUCCAUCCGGAAACGUGACUGCAAAGGCGCUGAACAGGAUGCCUUACCUAAAAGCAGCUGUUAAUGAGUCUCUAAGGCUAUACUUUCCAAACGUUAUUGGGGUCAGGAGGAACAUACCGAGCGAUCUUGUACUUGGAGGAUAUCAAGUUCCGAAAGGGACGACUGUGAUUGCCUGCUCUCCACGUGACCGGUAUUACCAUCGAGCCAAGGAAUUCCUCCCGGAGCGCUGGCUGCGGGACAACAGUGGGGCCAGGGAGCAUCCGAUACACUCCCUCGCCUUCCUUCCUUUCGGCUUUGGGGCCAGGAGCUGCAUUGGUCGACGCUUCGCAGAGCAAGAGUUGUAUAUAGCUACGUCAAGGUGUUACAAAAGUACCAUGUCAGAGUAGCAGACGACUACGGAGAGAUGGAGACCUUAUUUGCACCUUUCAGAACUCCCAAGCGACCUGUGCCGUACAUUUUUCAAAAGCGUCAAACGUGACAGACCUGACAGUCGGCUCUUACUAAGCAGCCUGUGACAGUGACGAGAGUGGAUUCAUGUUGUUUAUGUGGAUGACAGUAGAACUAUCUGACAAAACGAUAGGUUGUUCCUCUUUCAUUUUCCCUGCUCUUUCAAAUCAUUACACUUCACCUGUUCGUUCUGUAAUGUAAUAAAAAAACUGAAAGUCGUUGAAAGCACGACCAGAGGUUUUAUCACUAUGUUCACUAUGUCUCAAGAGCAAUAAAUCAGGUGUGUGUUGAAGUGUCUGCGUGAGCGUGCAAGUGUGCGUGGGAAAGUGUCAUGUGCGUUUUAGGAGUGAAAGAGUAGGAUAAUACUUUUCAUAAUGUUAAUGUACAGUGACUGCCAUCUUGAAUGUGUUAUAGCCCAUCACACAAAGGCAAACUUGUUUAACUUGACGAAAUAAAAGCACAGUUGAACUUUGAA